AUGAGAUAGAUAAAGGAUUAAAAUUCUUUAAGUCCUAUUUUUUUACAAAAAUUAACAAAAACUUCAGAAAAAUUUUAUAAAGCGUUGGCAAGAUUAUAGGAAGCUCAAUACAAAGAGUAAAAUUCUGUCAAUCCAAGAUAUCCUUUUGUCUUUUAAUUCUCUUUCAAUGAGAUAAUUGUAAAUUUUAAAUAUAUUGAGUAGGUCCAUCUAGGCAGACACUAAGUCUAAUUAUCUUAGCCAUAAGAUUCCUAUAGUUAUUAAUUCAAAAAAAUAAAGCAGAUAUAGAAAAAACCCACACUCCCCUAAAAGUACUCUGUAUAAAAAAGGAUUGCUUUUUCUGUUCAAGAUCAAAAAGACUCUAAAAAUAUACCGAAGAAUUACUGUAAAGCUAUAAUCACUUUUGCAUAAAAAAAUCAAUAAUUAUGCUUACAAAUACUUGGAGAUGAAUUAAAAGUUGCCAGAUUUACAGAUUUCUUAUCAAAUUAGAAGAAGAAAUUACUUAAUAUUCGAGUUUUCAGUGCAUUAUUGUAAUAAUGUGAUGAUCCUUUUUAAGAAGAAUUCAAUCGAACAUUUAGAAUUAUAAGUCAAAUCUUUAUAAAAAAAUACGCAAUUAAUUAUAUUUAUAAUUCGAAAAUUGUAUAGCACAAUUGGCAUAUUAGAUAUAGAUAAUAAAUAUAUAAAGGAAUAAAAAAUCCUAAAAGUUUCUCUCAUUUAAAGAAGCUUUGA